UUAAAGGGCAACUCCGCUUCAUUUUUGAUAUUGAGAAAACUAUGUAGCCCUCUUCAGCAUCAUAUAGGAAGACCACAUGCCAAGUUUCGCGAUGUAAUUCCGUCUAAAUAUUUAUUAAUCUGGCCAGCAAACUUUCAAACGAGCCAAGUCGCCGAAAUCUGCUAACUCUAGCGCGCGACGUGAAGAGCAAUCAACAGCGCUGUCAAUACCACGGAUCUGGCGCAGCCAACAGUGAGCACCUACGUCAGAGGCAUGCGUAUGUCAGUUCUAUGUUUUGGUUGUUUUUACUUCUCCGGGCGAAAUUGAACGAAGACGUCGUGAGUGGAAGUGGCUCCUCCCGGCGUUGCGUGUUGGCUCUGUCCACAUGAUCACCGUAAAACGCAUGCGCCAAGUUGGGAGCAGACGCACUCGUUUCCUCGUUUCGCCUCUGCUGCAGUAGGAGCAGUAGGAGGACGGCGUUUUGUGGUUUUGUUACGGUUCGAGCGCGGGCAGCAUCCCCGAAGCCUAGCUGCGAUGCCUCGCAGAAGGGCCAUAGGCUCACGAUGUUGUGUUGCUGCCUGCUUGAACUAUCAGUCGACCAGCCCGGGAGUUGUUUUUCACAAGUUCCCUCGCGACAGUGCGCGUCUCAUUGUUUGGACAGACAUCGUGCGCCGUUGGAACUCCGAGAAGCCGUGGUCGCCAAAUAGCAGGACAUUGAUCUGUUCUGACCACUUUUUGCCCGAAUGCUACCAGCGAGAUCUGCGCUUGUUCUGCGACGCUGGGUUUUCAACCAAGUACGCGCGUCUGGAUCAAAACGCCGUGCCGUCGAUCCUCGAUCCUGGAUCCUCGCCUUCCGUAACAGCCGACGGACUGACGCCGGACGCCGUGUCGUCGUACCUCGUUCCUCGAUCCUCGCCUCCCCAAACAGCAGACGAAUCAUGCGUGAAGCGUCGUCGGACCGGGAGCGGUGACCACUGUAGCAGCAGCAGCAGCACAGUGUCGAAGAGCAGUAGCUUGCCAGUGGUCACUACAUGGGAUGACGACUCCAAAGCACCAACAUAUGAGUCAUCGCUGGAUGCACCAGUGGCUCGAGAAGAACCUGUUGGUCAGAACCAAGCCAGAACAGCGUGCCUUAGCCAAAGCGGGGACCAGGCUUCCGCUUCUGGGCCAGGGUGCAACAGCAGCACCGCCGCUUUAUGCGACACCGUGCCAGCAACUACUGCAAUUGAUGGCCAUUUUGAACCGCACUUGGAGCCGCCCAUCUGCCACAUCUGUAUGUGUGUGGUAACGAGAGGUACACCGACACUGUCUGUGGACAAAGCUGUGCAAGCCUUCGAGGAGCUUUGUCAGACCUCGACUGAAAAUCCGGCACUGCCAACAUCUUCCGGCAUGGUUGGCCAAAGCCCUUUGGGGAGCGAGCCAGCUGUUCCCGGAAGUCCCCAACAAGCCCAAGAGAAUUCUGCAGACGUUGAGCAAGAAUUGCGCCAGUGGUGCUCUACGCCUACAGAGGACAAGACGCCAAGCCCCUUGUCGUUGGAGCGGGAUGCCACUCCCGAACCCUCAGAACCUGGGGCAUCGCCUUCGGACACCAGUUACACGGAGGCCGCCUUCCUGGACUCCGAUGAAGAUAUCUGCCCUGAGCCAGAUCUGUUGGACGAGAGUUACAGGCCGGAUAACUCUUUCAACUCCGAUGAUGAACCGGAUUCCGACACCAGCAUCUGGUCCAACGACUCUGUGCACUCGGACGGUGCAACAGAUGUCGAUGAAGGAGGGUGCAGCACGUCUUCAGCAGCAGUGGACCCGGUAAAGGAGAGGAAGUACCUGGUGACUGCAUCACAGCUGCUGCUGCUGUUUUCGGUUUGCAUCAAAUGCCUGGCUCCGACACGGACGAAGCUGACACAUCGAGGGACCCUUGUGCACGCCGUCAUCACGUGUGCACGAGGGCACAAGACUGUGUGGGAGAACCAGCCCAGAAUCAACAGCAAGGCACUCCUCAACAUCCUGCUGCCUGCUGCCAUCACCUACUCUGGAGCCAGCCCAACGCGCGUUCUUCGCCUCCUGGGAUCUAUAGGCGUGCAAGUCUUGAAGAAGACUCAGUUCUUCCGGGUGCAGAGCUCUUUGGUCUUUCCUGCUGCUACAAAGACCUGGGAAGCUGAACAGGAGUCUCUCCUGACAGCCACGAAAGACAAGCUCCACCUUGCAGGCGAUGGGCGUGCUGACUCGCCUGGUUACUCUGCCAAGUAUGGGACGUAUACACUGCUUGACACCCGCAUCAACAAGAUCAUGCACUACGAGGUUCUUCAGUCGACAGAAGUCAAGUCGAGCAACCACAUGGAGACGGAGGGCCUGAAACGUUCUCUGGACUUCCUCCUGAGCAUGGGGCUGUCUGUGUAUGUUCUUGUGACCGACCGGCACUUUGGGGUGAAUGCCCUGAUGAGAGACAGGUACCCCGACACGAAGCACCGGUUCGACGCAUGGCAUGUCGCAAAAGGCAUUGGGAGCAAGAUGGCCUCUGCAGGCAAGACAAAGAAGAACAGCAUCUUGAAUGCAUGGGUGAAGACUGUACGUGGACACGUCUACUGGUGUGCACAGACCAGCAGUGACAAUGGCGCGCUGGUGCUCGCAAAAUGGGUGUCCGUAAUGCGACACGUGAGCAACGUCCAUCAGCACCCCAGCCCCCUGUACCCUGCGUGCACCCAUGGCCCAAUCGAAGAGCGCUGGUGGCUUCAGGAAGGGACCGAGCCAUACGUGGCUCUCGAAAAGAUCGUCAUGUCCAAGCAACUGCUCAAGGACAUUCCAAGGGUGUCUGGAGACGGUCAGACCUAUCGCCUAGAGUCGUUCCACAGCAUGCUGCUCCGGUUUACUCCGAAAUCCAGUCAUUUCAGUUUUGAGGGCAUGGUGGCACGGACUGCCGUCGCGGUGCUCCACUACAAUGAGAACAGCAACCGUGCGCAGGCCACAACGAAGGACGAAAAAAAGCGAAGUUGUCUGAAGUUUCCCAAGUCACGGAAAGGCGAAUGGGUCCUCAGCCCCAUCAUGGAGACUGCGUCGUACGACUACGUCCAGAGGCUCCUCAAUUCCUGCCUGGAGUUGGCCAAGGCUUCCCGGACCUACCAGCAGGCUGUGGCUGCGAACGGGCCGCGUCCUCGUCGACCACCUCUGUGCAGCGUUGCACAAAGGCCAGACAAGGAAGCAGCGGUGUUGGCCCACAGGACCCGGUUCGAUCAAGCAUAGUGGAAGCCCGUGUAUGUGGUCGAUGGGAAUUCUUUUCUUAUCCUGGCCACCACACAGCACGGGAGCCUGACGCGGCGAAACCUGCCCAGUCGUCCCCAAAUCCACCAGACGAACUGGCUGUAUGCCGUGUACCUGUACCGUCUGAGAAAGUAACAGAAGAAUUGGUAAGAGUCUUAGAAAGACUUCAUCUGAUACACUUUUACUGUGAACUUGGGGACCCUUUUGCCGCAUCUCUAUAGGAAAAGGCUUUUCGAAACCUGGAAAGCCCAUGAUAUCUAGACAUUUCUAGAAAUUUCAUGCGUGAAAACCUUUGCCGCUGCUUCUGGUGUGCUUUUAUAGAGAAGAAAUUCACUACUGCCUGUAUGGGUGUUUCCUCGUUCUUGAGUGAUUGACUGGACAGACAAUUUUAAAAUUCAAUUAAAUCUUUUAACUCGUUCAUUCGCCUGUGGACUGCAAAUUGCAGACUGAUGAUGAGAAGUCCCUCGACCUGAGGAACUCUCAGGUUGUGCGGGACCUGACCUGUAAGCCAUGGUCCAAGGCAGUAAUGUUUGGAUGUCCCUCUCACCUCAAUGUUGUUAUUAGGAAGUCGCAGACAAUCUCUGCUGUCACUUGACUACAGAAAGCAACCCCAGGCUACUUACUGAACUAGUUUGUUGCAAAACGGUAAUGGUGAGAGAAGUUUGUAGAAUAGUUCCACAGUGUCUGUUCCAAGCUGUUUCCAUGCGCUUAUUGGAAAAAGGACUGGUUGUAGAGGUGAUCCUUCUUUCGCUGCUUACUUGUCGGUUGUCUGACAUGCGUGACAGUAUUUGGACAAGUAUUGGCUUCGCUAUCCAUUCUGGGCCACCACAGAAGCAUUCACAUAGUUGUAUUUUGGUUCACACCAUUCGUCUGAGUGAAGCAGAAGGAACCAGCAGUUUUGCGUAUAGCAGUAAGCCAUAUACAGAGGAAAGUUCUUUUCGUAUCUUGUAGUGGGAGACAGUGCUGAUUCCCAUAGGUAUUUGAGACCCCAACCCAUGUUGACACACUAUCACCCGAGGUAAAUCGGGGUCUUGUUCUUUCUCUUUCUGUACCUCUUCUUGGUCAAUUCAGCAGAGACUGCACACAGGGCAAGUGAAUUUUCUUUUUUCGACGUAUGGCUUCGUGCAAUCUGAGGAAUUAAAUGCAGGAAGACGAGAAAGCUCGACUGCCACAACAUUCUCAUUGCCCUUUUGGUGAUCUUGAGGAGACGCAUGGCCACCCGGCAAUUGUUAUCGGUUGUCGACCGUUUCCCUAAAUACAGAGUAGUGUAACCAGAGCCUGGUGGUCCAUCCUGAGCAUGAAAUGGUGACCGAAGAGGAAAACAUGAUGCUUCUCGCAGGCCCAGAGGCACGCCUAUUCCUCUAACUCUGCAGAGCGGUUGCACUGGGCGCUGGAAAGCAAUCGCGAUGUGAACAGGAUAGUGUGAAUUCCAUCUGGAUGUUUUGCUGUAGCACUGUGCCUAAUCCAUAAUCCAAUGAAUCUUUUCUGACGAUUGUAGAAUUCUAACUGGAGAAUUAAAAAAAAACUGACAAGUAAAUUUCUCUUCAACCUGUGACGAUAGCAGGCAGUGUCACGUCGAAAACUAAAUGGAACAGUUUCGAAUCGUGUUUUGACUGAUGCAAAUGCCACCUCUUGUGCUUUUUGCCAUUAUAAGGGGACAUCUUUCCGCAGAUGCACAUGCAAGGGCCUCACGAUGGUUGCAAAGUUAGGUAUGAAUUUGAAACGGUAUGUAAGCAGGUCAAGCAAAGACCGGUUAUGAUGUCAUGUCUCUGAGUAGAAGCUUGCAUGGUGGCUUGAACAUUAUCAUGGCAUGGCUUAAUUCCCUGAGGUGUCAACUUAUGUCCAAGAAAUUGAAGUUGCUGCACUGAAAAAUGCAUUUGUUUUUGUUUGGUUUCCAACCUGCGUCCUGUAGGCGGGGUAAGCCUUGUCUUAGGCGGGCAUCAUGCUCUUCAGUUGUGCAACUGAAGUUGAGCACAUCAUCCUGGAUAGAUUGACAAUGGUGCCUGUUGUGUCCCAAAGAAUACAGUUCUUUAUAUUUUGAAAAGCCGGAGCAGUGGAAGCCAGCCCAAAACAUACUGUGAACAGGAAGAGACUUUUUGAGUCACGAACGCAAUGAGGUCCCCGCUCUCCUCUAUCAGGUUCAGCUAGUGGUACGCUGACGAGAGGUCCCACUGGUUGAAGAUGUGGGUGCCAGAAAGCUGGUGAAGGAGCUCGUUUGGACACAGAAGAGGACGUGAAUUGAGAACAACAGAGGUGUUUGAUUUGCGGAAGUGGUCUGUGAUGCAUUAUUGCGCUCGAUCACCCAGGAGUGCUCCAACUUUGCCGGCUCUACAGGAACUUUGUCAUGCACUGCAAAAGUUAUCCUUCAUAGAUUCUGUUGCACCAGACUGAUGGACACUUCGUCUUCACCUUGUGAACAUACCCAAUGGCGUGGCCCAUACCUGAGAACAGCUGGAGGAAACCUUUGACGGCCUCUGGAAGGUCGUUUGCCGAAAUGAUAGUCACCUGUCAUCCGCAGGAGAUGAAAAGUCCAGUUGAAUUUCCAACCCUUGUAAAGCAUUUAUAGUCCCAUUAGGGCUGUCUUGUUCGGACGACGUGGAACGUGCAAUCGCCAUUACUUUGCGCCAACUGUACUGGUGAGCUGGCUUUUUCCAAAAUGUUUGGAAUAGCAAUGUUUUCUUACGGAGUAGCCAAUGAAUGCAGUACUUGUAGGUUGCAACUUACAAGAAUGGAAGCAUCUUCUGUAGACGCUUUCCAGAAGGAUUGAAACCGAGGGUCUUGUGUCUACUAGGAGUUUGAUAAAAAGGAACGCAAGUAUCCUGCAUGUGGUACAGUUUGCUAAUAUCCGAGUUGCUAUAUUUCAGUUUGUUCUAUGCUUGGUACUUGUGAUCCUGUCAAAACUGUUUGCUUGCAAACAAAGGCAAAAUGUCCAAUCUUUCAUUUUCUGCAUGCUUGAUUCCUUGCAGGACGUUUAGGGUAGUCUGCCAUGUGGCACAUUGAACCAGAUCUGCAGUAAAUGCUGGACGACCUUUGAUUGGGUGUUUUGCCCCUAACUAUUGGUUUCUUUUGGGCUUGAAUCUUUGCCACUUGAAAACUGAGUCCCGCAUCUUUGGUAAAAACUUUGGCCUCCUUCAUCGCCCGCUGAACUUUUUAGGUGAUGGCAAGAGCUGAUUCGAGUGGUAGCUCAAGCUCUAGUAGUGGGCGGUUUCAUACUUCGGCAUGAAUUGUCUUAUUGACAAGUUGAUUGCAGAUUAUUUCAUCUGUUAUUGUCCCAAACCAGCAGUUUGUCGCAAGGCCCCGGAGAACGUGACACACUCUUGUACUGUUUUGGCCGGUCAUCCACGUGUGCAACGAAAAGUAAAUCUUUCCAAUGUUUUACUGUCAAGAAUUUUUGUAACUCUCUUGCCACUGCAUCAUAGGCUCUGGAAAUGGGCGAUGCAGGUCUGCGCGAUUCGGAGGUAGCUCCUGCAGUACUUGCACUUAGAUGAGUGGUAGCAGUGGACAAGGCAGAAUCUUCCGGCAGUUUGCAGUAGAUCCGCUGACUCUCAACUUCAAGUGAGCUAAAUAGAAUGGCAGUUCUGCCAUUAUCUAUUGUCGACCCAUUGGAAGGGAUCGUGUACUGGCGUACCAUUCCUCCAUGAAAUCGCAGGCUCGCCUGGGUAUGGUAGGAAAGACGGGUGAAUCAACCUUUAUAAUCGAGUUGAAGCUGUCGAUUGUGACAAUUGUUAUGUAUAGGGACUGUCUAUGCAAGUUUAACAGAAGGCAAGCUGUUCCCAUUCAGAGCUCAGUUCGUUCAUUCUUAUUCAUUGUCUUCUUCGGCUCAACCUACACGUAGACACAACAAUUUAGGUAAUUCAAUAUUCCCCCCUCCCCCAAAACAAACACCUGGCUAUGUGCCUUCUUCGAUCCAAGGUACCAUGAGCACAACUAACGUUUGCAAUAUUCGCGACUCCAGCUUAGUCUAGGGGGUGUGCUGGUCAGGCAAAAUGGCGGACAAAAGGACGUCGUUUUCAUCGUUCAGCACGCGGACCACCAUAAAUAUCUUGCAUUGCAGCAUAACAUCUGUGUUACAUAAGAAAGCAAAACGAUUUUUCGACAGUAGAAACCUUCUAAUCAAUGCAUGGGAAUGACAUGGCAGAAGCAUAAAAAUAAUCACUGGAAACAGUGUUUGUUUCUACGCUGCCUACAAGAACCAAGCUGUGAUAGCAGAAGACAGAAUCAAAAUGACCUCCUCUCUGGAGCUUCUCGGCGGUGCCGCUACGCAGCGUCGAUAGAUUUUGUUGGAGUCGCCAAUACACUAAGCGGGAUUUACAGACUGUCUUACAGUGUAGUGCAUUUAUAUUUGAUAUGCUAUAAAAGUUCUGGUCUUACUUGUUCCGAUCCCGAGCUGCUGGCUCCAAAUAUGUUGGGCGAAAAAAUUUCAGCUGGUCGUACGCUAUGUUCAGCAGUCGCACAUCCAGACAUACGAGCAGAAAAAGUUCAUUUUCUGUGACACACCUUCCCAAGUUUUUUUGUGUGAUUUUUGGCAUGUCCCUGCAGCAUUGCCCGACCUCCUGGGGGCAAUUUCCACAUGUGCAUCUGAAAGAGGAUACAUUUCAGUUGAAAAAUUAUCUUCUAUGCUUAUGUGAAAAGGGAGCUUGAGGCAGAUGUGAGAGUGGCGUGCCAACGUUUCACUAGGAGACCUGCCUUGUUCAGGAGACCUAACCCUGAAGAAGGUAGGUUUCCUAAUGAAGUAUCAGCACGCCGUUCUGAGGUCCACCUGAGAGGUUAGGUCUUCACAUUCUUCCUGCCAGCCUGGACUCCCUUGGUGCUAUGUUUGUACUUUCUAUAGUUCUGGUCACCCCAGAAAAUGCAAGUUGCACAAAUAGUUCUUAUCUGCAUAAUGUAGUUCGUACUGGACUUGGGACUCCUGGCUUUCCUGUUGCUGGCUAUCACGUCGUUCCCUUGCUGGCAAUGGGGGAUCAAAGUUGUACGGAUCAGGUACAUAUAUAGCUCCUUGCUGCAGGCCUCCCAAGUCUGCUCCAAGCGGCAGGCUGUCGUCGUCGGACAUAGAUACUGAAAAUAAAGCAUUUGGAUCAAUGAAACAUUUGAUUAUGUAUGAUCAGUUACAUUUAUUUUUCUCUGACGGUUGCAUUAGCUCUGGCAAAGUGUUGUAAACAAGAAUGUUUAGUAGGAGUUAUUUUAAUCGAGUAGUGUAAAUUACACAUGUGUAUUACUUUGUUGUGCUGGUUUUGUGGGAAUUGUGUGUAUGUGAUUGUUCUUACCAAGCUAUGGUAUCAAUAAAAAUGAAACAAUAAUUGCA